UCUUUGUGCAUUUGCUUACCCUGUCAUGAAGUGACCUUCUCUCCCUUUCUCUCUCUCUCUCUCUCUCUCUCUCUCUCUCUCUCUCUCUCUCUCCUUCCUCCUCCCUCGCUUUCUUGCCUGUGCAUCUCACUCCAGCUGCAGAUGUGAACAACACGAGCCGACACGGUUUCAGCACUGGGACACCAAUAAGGUGAAGGCAGCGUUGAGGACAGGACAAACAUCAGGAAGAGAAACAGAGUGGCUGCUAUUAGACUUUGAGAUCAGGCUGAUGGAGUCAUUUUGUGGGGACACAGAGGAAAGCAAUGAGGACACUGAAGGACGCAAAAAGUCCAAACUCAAGUUCCUGAAAAAUCGUCUGUUCGGGAGAAGCAAGAAAAGCGCGUGUGAGAGGAACGCCAAACUAAGCCAGUCAGCCAGUGACAUUACUGCAGAGGAGGGACUUGGAUCAGAUGAAGACUUGGUAUGCUCUCAGGGAAUGAUGGGAUCUCGAGCGUUCUCCCAUGACAGCAUCUUUCUGGCCGAGGAGCUGACAGAUGCUGAACCCGUCAAGGUUCUAUCCCAGGAGAAUGUGCCCAGCAAGAUCAAGACCCUGCAGAUGAAGCUUCAGCAGCAGAAGCUGCAUUUGGGGCCACCGCCUCUGGUUCUGCCCGGCAAACAUCAAGAUGAGCAGACUGAUGGCGUCCACAGCGUCCCUGAGAUCCCAGAAUCGGACAUUACACGUCAGAGCGUCCUUAACAAGACCACAUCCCCAGCGUCGUCUAAUCCUCUUUCAUCCGCGCCCAAACCUGCCAUGAAGCCUGUGCCCCUUCCUCAUCCUUCUGUCAACCCCUGCAGCUCUCCUGCUUCCGUUGAGUCCCCCGUGGACUUCAGCUCUCCAGCUCAGUUCAUCCCCUGCCUGGACACCUCUGCUGCACGCCAUCGAAUGUCUGUCAAGCCCCGGAACCAGAGGGCCAGCACCAAGAAACGACCCGCCUCGACUGAUCCUGGGGCUCACACGCAUUCCCUAAACAACAUCAUCCACCCAGAGAGUGUCAAAGAGGACGAGGUGCAGAUCGGAGCACAAGACGAGCUCACGCUGGAGACGGAACAACGACAGACAGACGCCGUCCUCUCUGAGGUGGCACGAGUCCCACCUGAAACAGCACCAAAGUCCUCCAGUGUGAUCUCCCAAAAGGAAAACCCUCCUUCAGGGACAGUGCCCUGCGUAUUUUCCCCCGUUCUUCGAUUAAGGCCUCACAGACCAGCGGACGUAAGGGAACGGCCGCAUUCUGCCUUUGUGGAGUCAGAACUGAAGGAUAAAAGAGCAGCGGAGUUUGAGAUGCCGCUAAUGCCCCACGACAAGAGAAGCGCUGCAAUAAAGACGGGGAGGAACGAAGACCCCUCGGACCGGCCCUCGUCCACCUUUGGCUCUGUGGUGGCAUUGAGGUCAUCGUUUCAGCAGCAGGUUCAAGGUGAGAUGGAGGGUUUGAGAGGAUUCAAGAGGCCCGGCCAAGGGUCUGGGUCCUUCCAUCUCACCACUGCCAAAGCCAAGGAUGGAGAGAGGCCCCGAUCAGGCAGUUUUGUUGAACCUCUGGAACAGGAUGAAGCCAGAAACAGAGCAACAGUGGGACCUGAUGAUAAAAGAGACUUCCAGCCCAGAGGUGGGGGGUUUGCUUUGGGAAGACUCAAACAAGAGGGAUCUCCACCUAAAAGCUCAGGACUUCCAUGGGAGAGGAGGGACAGCUCUAAAAAGAUAGAGUCAGUAAAACCAUGCGCAGACACGGGUCCUGAAGAUCUGGAGAUCAACCGGGAGGCGGUGGAGGAGGCGGUGGAGGCGAAGGAGGAGGAAGGAAAAGCGUGCACGUUUGGCAUCAAGCUGCGUCCAACAUCGCAGUCAGUGCGGCUGCGGCCUGAUGCCCCUUCGAACCGUCCCCCAAAGCCGCCAGCGUGCGAGGAGCAGGACGACAAACAGCCACAGCACGAAACCAGCUCCACGAAGAAAGCGCCAACAAACACACCCGGCCCCGGAGACGCUCGGGCGACGGAUGCAGCCCCGUCGGCUGCCGGCGAGCCUCACGCCGCGCCGACAGAAGUCCAAGCUAGGUCCUCUGUCCCCAGGCGGGCAGAAGCCCCUCCAGAGCCCCAACCCGCCCCCCAAGCCGCCUCGGAGGUGUCGUGGAUGAGCCUGGCCAUGGAGAAGACCAGGAGCCUGCAGCAGCUCUUUACCAGUAAGUUCCCCAGAGACCUGGCGGCUGUGCAGACCACGCUCCGACCACAGGCGCAGACGCAGACGCAGACGCAGGCGCAGGCGCAGGCGCAGACGCAGGCGCAGGCGCAGACUGCAAACAAACAGCCGAGUCCGACGUCAGUUCAGGCUGCGAAUCAGCCCCCGGCCGACACAGUCAACGCAGAACCGCAGGCAGUCAAGCCAACACAAAUGUCAGCGCAGCAGAAGGUGUCAGCAGCAGCUACUGGACCACACGCUUCUAAACCAGCAGCCGAGGCCCAGGCUGUGGUUCAUCCUCCUGUUCAGACCAACCCGUGGACGUCCCAGCCCGCCUUGCGCUCCUCUACUCCAACAGAGACCUCAUCCCCGCCCGCUGCCCCGUCCCCCCUCCCUUCAGGCCAACAGUCUCCCUGGAGCCAGCGAAGCCUCCACCGCAGCAGCCAGCUCAAACCCACCCCCCCCUCGGCUGCUCCGUCCCCAUUGCCUGGCUCGGGAAAGGAGGAAAAAGAGGUUAACGUGCAGGAAAAGGAGGCUUCAUCACCGCCAGGAAGACGAGCAGGCUGGGGCGGGACGGUGAGCGAGAGAGCUGCUCUGCUGGAAAAACAGGCUCCAGGAACCAAGGGGGUGGAACUGAGGAAAAGUCAAACAGAAGUGCAGGCACCAGGUGACGAGCCUGCCUCCACUAAAUCCACAGCCCAGAGCAAAGACACAAAACCAGAGGGACAAGAAUGGGGAAAACCUGCAGUUUCGGAGUCGAGUCCCAUCAAAGUUCCAGAUAGAACUCGUGGCGACAAAUGGCCGAGGAAGAACGUGGUGUCUUCAUCACCCUCAUCGUCACCUACACAGCCGUCAGCGCUGCAGUCCAUGUCUGAGAGCAGUCAGCCAUCGUGGAUGGAACUCGCCAAGAGAAAAUCAAUGGCCUGGAACGACAGGACUAUGGACUAAGACGGAAACAGGCAGGCAUGCGAACGGCCCUGCAGACAAAUAUAUAUUAGCUUUAUUAAGAUUGAUGAGUAGACCGUUUGGCAAUUGUGUGCAAAAGAUAUUGAUUUAACCCUACUGUAAUUUAUACAUUAAGACUAUUUAAUUGUGUUGUCAAAGAAAAAAGAGAGUAUAUGUUAAAAGAUUAAAAUCUUUCCCAAUAUGUCCAUUUUAUUAUGAAGAGUAUCUCUGAAUAUUGUUUUAAGUUUCAGCAUUUCAUUGAUGCUAAUCGUUAAAUAAUAAAAUAUCUAAAAUCAA